GCGCUCCCGGGCUCCGCCGCAGGCUGCGCGCCCCUCCCGCCCCGGCCCCGGCCCGAGCCGCUGCUGCUGUUGCAGUCGCCGCCGCCGCCAGGCCGCGCCCCGCCCCUCGCCGCCGCCGCUCCCGGGGAGGCUGCGCUCGAGCUGCGGCGCCGGCUGCAGCCGCCUGGGCCCCGGGCCCGGCUCCUCCCGCGCCGCCCGGGCGAUGAGAAGCUGCUUCUGCGUGAGACGGAGCCGGGACCCGCCGCCGCCGCAGCCGCCGCCGCCCCAACGGGGAACAGACCAAGCCACCAUGCCUGAAGUCAAAGAGCUCUCAGAAGCCUUGCCAGAGACACCAAUGGACCCCAUCACGGGAGUCGGGGUGGUGGCCUCCCGGAACCGAGCCCCAACAGGCUACGAUGUGGUUGCGCAGACAGCUGACGGUGUGGAUGCUGAUCUCUGGAAGGACGGCUUAUUCAAGUCCAAGGUUACCAGAUACCUGUGUUUCACAAGAUCAUUUUCUAAAGAAAAUAGCCACCUGGGGAAUGUGCUGGUGGACAUGAAGCUCAUCGACGUCAAGGACACCUUGCCAGUGGGCUUCAUUCCCAUCCAGGAGACCGUGGACACGCAGGAGGUGGUCUUUAGGAAGAAGCGGCUAUGCAUUAAGUUUAUUCCCCGGGAUUCAACCGAAGCUGCCAUUUGUGACAUUCGCAUCAUGGGCCGGACCAAGCAGGCACCUCCCCAGUACACGUUUAUAGGGGAACUGAACAGCAUGGGCAUCUGGUAUCGAAUGGGCAGAGUGCCAAGAAACCAUGACUCCUCUCAGCCCACCACGCCCUCCCAGUCAUCAGCCGCUUCCACCCCAGCCCCAAACCUUCCCAGGCACAUCUCCCUAACACUACCGGCUACCUUCCGAGGCAGAAACAACACCAGCACAGACUAUGAGUACCAGCUCUCCAAUCUGUAUGCCAUAUCAGCAAUGGAUGGUGUGCCUUUUAUGAUUUCAGAGAAGUUUUCCUGCAUUCCAGAAAGUAUGCAGCCCUUUGAUCUCUUGGGAAUCACCAUCAAGUCUCUGGCGGAAAUUGAAAAGGAGUACGAGUACAGUUUCCGCACUGAGCAGAGCGCAGCAGCCCGGCUCCCACCCAGCCCCACCCGGUGCCAGCAGAUCCCCCAGUCCUGAGGAGCCCACAGCCUCCUGGGGGAGAAGACAUCUCCUACCCGGUGCCCAGACUACUGAUGGGGUGGCUGGGGCGAGAGUCACGCCUCCCCUCACCUGCCCGUUCUGCUUGCCCUGAUCACUGGCCACGAGACUCUGGGCAGCUGCUUGGUCAUACAUGGUCAUCAGCUCGCCUGACGAGACUUCCCUGCCUCCCCAGGAUCGUUGUUCAUAAUUGUGACUAAUAUAUGUGCUGUUAGUGACCAGAGGCUCCUGUGUGAUGACCAUGUACCCCUUCCUUACCUGGAGUCACCCCUGAGGGCCCAGGCUCAUACUCCAGCCACCCAGUGACACCCACUGGCUCCCCUUCAACUGACCAUCACCCACCAUGGAAAUCCCACAAAGCCACCGGCUCCCUCCUGGUAGACUCCAGGGUUGAUUGCUUCACUUAGGACCCUGCAAGAUGCACUGGCCUCUGAGCCCGCUAUCUAGGAGCAAGCGCCAUGGUCAGCAGGCUCCAGCGGCCCAUGUGCAUUUCAUGAUGGCACUGCAGAAACAGGACUAAGAUGCACUUGAGACAGCCGGGGACUCUCCCCCCCCCCCCCCCCCCGCUCUACACACUGGACGCCCAGAGAGCACAGACGUACCCCGCUCUCUACGGAGGUGACUGGGUGCCUACCUGGAUGGAAACUUGGCUGCUAGGGUACUGUGCCCAGCCACAGGUGCCAAUCCCCACAAAGGGCUCAUCUGUGGAGCACCCACCUGCCGACAGCAGCUCCAUAUGCCUCUGCCUGGUGCCCUGACCCGGGGGCAGCUAGCACACAUGCGCUGAGAAGAAAGGUACAAGGGCACCAACUCGUCACAGCCAGACCCACCCCACCAUCUAGAAGGCGUCUAAAAGCCCUUCUGUCCCAGGCCUCAGAAUUUGGGCCAGGACAUUUCACAGGUGUCCACCUGAGGUGCCAAGUUGAACCCUCCACAUGUCGCCGUGAGAACAGCAGCCACCGCUGCCCAGAUCUCAGCCUCACCACGAUGCGCUGCUUUGCCACCAUUGGCUUUUAGGUCUGGCAUGACGCCGGUCCCUGGAGCAUCUGUGGAUAUGAAGAUCUGCCCAGUGGCCAUGUCCAGCUGGUACAACCUCUCCAGUUACAGCUCUGUAGAGACAGCCACAGGCAGCUGGGGCAAAAGGUGCAAAAGAAUCAGGAGCAAGAACAAGCCAGCAGGUGGCAGGGGCUGAGGCAGGGCCAGAAAUACCUCACCAACCUACGCCAGCCCCUCCGCUGCAGAUCCGCAGGCCCUGUGCAGACCACCCUUCCUUCCCAGGCAGCCAGUCUCUGCUUGAGGGCACUUCAUUUCUGUGUGUCAGGAAGGCUCACCUUGCUUCCUCCCCUCAGACACGAGCACGUCCUAUGGGGUCCCAUCGCCCCCUUGCCUCUGGGCUCCGCAUCCUCCGGCUAGCGGAAGUCAUGAAAAGGUGGCGCCGCAGAGGCCCACGGAGUCAACAUAGGCAUCUCUAGCAAGACCUAGAGCCAUGCUGGUGCUCAAAGGAGCUAAUGAACUGACCCCAGAUGGUGCCACAAGCUGGGGGUCCCAAGGACCCGUGUCUGCUGCUGCUAGUGACACAUCAAGUGGCUUGUGUGUCCUGAGGCCCAGAGGGGACAACCACCAUAGUCUGAGUUAACCGGGAAGGUCGGGCACAAAGCUCUGGACUCUCCUGACCACUUCACUUAAGUCCGUACACUUUGGCCACCUCUUUCCAUUCCUCAGUUAUGAAAUCACCUGUCACAUGACGCAGGUGACCCUCCUCUUCUUUGGAGGAGAAUGUGGCUUCUCUUCAGCUCUCGCAGGUCCUGGGAGUUCAAAACCUCAGAAUGUGGACUUGUUAGUGAUUCAGACGGCCAAGCGAGGAGACUCCUAGAGAAAGGCCCAGAGCUCCGCAGCCCACGCAUGCACUCCCACGGGACUCGGCCACUGGGCGGAGGGCAAAGCCUGUGCUCUGAGGGGCCUGGAGCAGUCUCCGACCGAUGCUGCAGACUUAGAAGAACCCUGACUGAGAACGCUGCAGCACUGACAGCCUCUAGCUUUUGAAGUGUUGACGAUUUGGUGUCUGGUAGGUUCUAGGUUGCACCCACCUCCUGGUUUCUUGUGUCCUGGUGAUGGUGAUGGCCGUGUGUGCGUGCCCAUGUCCGCCUUGUAUGGACCUGGCACAGGCAGACCUGGGAGGUAGGGCUGUGGCUCACAGCAGCACUGAGUGGCCUUUGGGUACCGUGUGGCAGGCACACAGAUGAGCACAAGGAUUCGCUAGGUGACAAGAAGAGCAUGGCCUCUCCCGUGGGUCCCCCUCCCCUGCCAGCGUGUCCCACAACUACUGCUGUCCCUGCAAGCACACACAUCUCUCUUGAAAUGGCUAACCAGAGCACAGUUCCCUGUCCCCAACAUCCCCACCCUGAAAAGUUGGUUCCUUCCUAAGGGCCUUGGAAAUGGCACUUGGGUGACAAACAUGGGGGGAGUAGGGGAGGUUCCAGGCUCACUUGCAAAUUUAUCAUAAGACCAAAUCUAAGAAUUCAUGUCAGCCUAACUCUGUCACAUGGAGAGGUGAGAGCCCCACUGUCCUCAGGGGAUGUGAGAGAGCUGUGACUCUUCUUCCUGGUGGUCAGCAGCGUGACCAAGGUCAUGCCGAAGCCCCUCUGUCAGAAGCACAUCCAGCAAGGGGGCUGGGGGCUGAGCACACACACCCUCCCUUCCACUGGGCUUGGCAAUCUUAAGCACAUUUCCUGUCAUUCCCCGAAACAAGCCCAACAGUGGGUGCUCUUUGUCCUGUCACACAGGAGCCUGAGGCGUGUCUAUAAGCUGCAAGGGACACAGCCAGAAUCUGACCCCAAAGCCCCUGGGCUAACCACUGGCCUUUGUGUCCAUCCCCAUGGGCUUUCUUUUGCCAUGGAGAUGUCGUCACAGCAUGACCGUGGGAGCCGCGGGUUCCUGGCGUGGGUCAGGCUGAGAGUCUGAUUGUCCUGUGUGUCCACCCACUCCCAAGGGCUCCCCAGCCUGAGAGCAUCUCACGCCACAUUUGUGGCCUCCUGGCCAGGGAGGAGGUAGAAAAGGGCCUGGCUGGGCUGCUGGGCCGUGAAGGGCUGGAAUCACGGAAGUAGUGUCCAGCUGAGCCGCAGAGCCGGAUAGAGAGGCUGGGCUCCCGUUCCUGCACCCAGCUCCCUCAGGUGACCCGGUGCCCAGCCUUCUCCACCUGCUCUGGGCAUGAGUCCCUGAGCACCUGCAGCAUCUGCGCCAGGAGACCAGGCUUUGUCCCCUUCAAAAGCUUGUGAGCCGCUGGGCCACCAUGUGGCGCUGGGACAAGGACCUUAGGCGCAACUGCCUUCCUGUGUAUUUAUACAAGGUGACUGCUUAGCAACGGGAAGUCUCACUGUGUGACUGUAUCUUAAUAUGAUUUGUUAAAUAAAUGUUUGUUUUAACCUCC